AUGAUGACUUACUCCGUGUUUUAUAAUAUUUUGCUAUUUUGCUACACUCUUUCUUGUACUAAAGCAGAAUUAGCAAGAUAUUAUUACGACUACGAAUGUAAUGAGCCUUUAAUCGAGGGAGCUAAACUCACCGCUACUUCCAGUCUGAGAGACAGAGGACCCGAGAAUGCUAAGUUGCUUGGUUUGAACGCGUGGACAGCGUCAGAGAACGAUUUCGAUCAGCAGCUGAUCAUUGACCUGGGCACAGUGAAGAACAUCACGCGCGUGGCCACGCAGGGCCGGCAACACUCACAGGAGUUCGUUCAGGAGUAUCACAUUAGCUACGGCACUAACGGACUCGAUUAUGUCAUGUACAAAGCGCCCGGCGGGGAAGUUAAGUAUAUGGGGAUGAAAAGUAUUAACAAAAACGAGUAUAUAGAUAUUAACAAACAUAAUAGUAGCCACCACCGACUAACAAGUAGCGCUAACAUUGGUGAAGGAAAAUCAGCAUGGACGGCGGUGGAGAGCUCAUACUACCAGCACUUGACGAUCAAUCUGCAUACACGGAGAGAGUUGCGAGGUUUAGCCACCAGGGGGCGCUUCGCCACCGAUGAAUACGUGUCGGAGUACAUGGUACAGUACUCAGAUGACGGAGAGACGUGGACCGCGGUGACUGAUGGGGACGGAUACACGCAGAUGUUCGAGGGCAACCAUGACGGUAACACCAUAGUGAAGAACGAGUUCGACGUCCCCAUCAUAGCGCAGUACAUCAGGAUCAAUCCUAUGAGGUGGAGGGACAAGAUUUCUAUGAGGGUCGAGCUGUACGGAUGUGAUUAUGUCGCGGACACGUUGUACUUCAACGGCUCGUCCCUGGUUCGUAUGGACCUGCUCCGCUCCCCUGUCUCCUCGUCUCGGGAGGCCAUCCGUUUCCGGUUCAAGACGUCAGCAGCGUCAGGCGUGCUGCUAUACUCCCGCGGGACCCAGGGCGACUACCUCGCGCUACAGCUAAGGGACAACCGGCUAGUCCUCAAUAUAGACCUCGGGUCUGGCAAGGCGACGUCGUUGUCAGCGGGCAGCUUGUUGGACGACAACACGUGGCACGACGCGCUAGUGUCCCGCGCCCGGCGCGACCUGGUGUUCUCUGUGGACAGGGUCGUGAUGAGGGCGAGGAUUAAGGGAGAGUUCUCACGACUCAACCUCAACAGAGCGAUAUACAUCGGCGGGGUACCAAACUUCCAAGAGGGUCUAGUGGUGACGCAAAACUUCACAGGGUGUAUAGAGAACAUGUACCUCAACGCCACCAACGUGAUUCAAGAACUCAAGCAGGGCUAUGAGGCCGCGGAGCCCUUCAAGUAUCAGAAAGUCAACACCCUGUAUUCAUGUCCUGAGCCGCCGGUAGUGCCGAUCACGUUCUUGAAGGAGGGCUCGUACGCCAAGCUGCGUGGCUACGGCGGGGGCGGAGUCAUGAACGUGUCGCUGGAGUUCCGUACAUACGAGCACCACGGACUACUCAUAUACCAUCAGUUCAAGAGCGAAGGAUACGUUAAGGUUUUUCUUGAGGAAGGCAAGGUGAAAGUGGAGUUGUUCAUGGAGGGUUCGCCUAAAGUGAAGCUAGAUAACUUCGAGGACACGUACAACGACGGCCGCUGGCACGCGCUCAUGCUGACUAUGGCGCAGGACCGGCUGACGCUGUCACUCAACUACCGGGCCGUCACCACCAGCAAGAAGAUGAAGUUCUUUACCGGCAGCUACUAUUAUAUAGCAGGUGGCAAAGCGCCUCCCCGUGGGUUCGUGGGCUGCAUGAGGAAGUUGGCCGUGGACGGUAAUUACCGCCUGCCUACAGAUUGGACGCGCGAGGAAUACUGCUGCCCUGACGAACUAGUGUUUGACGCCUGCCACAUGAUAGACAGAUGUAACCCCAACCCGUGCGAGCACGGCGGCGUGUGUACGCAGAGCGCGGACGAGUUCACCUGCGACUGUACGGACACAGGGUACGCGGGCGCCGUCUGCCACACGUCGAUCCACCCGGUGUCGUGCGCGGCGUACGCGUGGUCGGGCUCCCCGGGCCGCUCGUCGCGCGUGCUUCUCGACGUGGACGGCUCGGGCCCGCUGCCGCCCUUCCCCGCCACAUGCCACUUCUACGCGGACGGUCGUAUCAUAACGUCGGUGCAGCACUCGGCCGUGUCCAGCACGCAGGUUGACGGAUUUCAAGAACCAGGCAGCUUCAGGCAGGACGUGACGUAUGACGCGACGAGGCCGCAGCUAGAGGCGCUGCUCAACAGGAGUCGCUCGUGCAGCCAACGGCUCGAAUAUAUGUGUCGACACUCACGACUGCUCAACUCACCUAGCGAGGAGGCCACGUUCCAGCCGUUCGCGUGGUGGGUGUCCCGCAGCGGGCAGCGCAUGGACUACUGGGCUGGCGCGCAGCCCGGCUCGCGCAUGUGUGAGUGUGGCGUGCUCGGUACCUGCCUCGACCCCACCAAGUGGUGCAACUGUGACGCCGAGCACUCGCCCAUGCCGCACGACGAGUUUCAAACGGACGGCGGAGACAUCACGGAGAAGGAGUUCCUGCCGGUGAAGCAGCUCCGCUUCGGAGACACGGGCAGCCAUCUGGACGAGAAGAUAGGGAGGUACUCGCUGGGGCCGCUGCUGUGUGAGGGAGACGACUUAUUCUCUAACGCCGUCACGUUCCGUAUUUCGGACGCGGUCAUCACUCUGCCUACUUUCGACUUGGGUCACAGUGGAGACAUCUACUUUGAGUUCAGAACCACCAAAGAAAACGCUGUUCUGUUGCAUUCAAAGGGUACUCAAGACUAUAUAAAGUUAUCCAUCAUCGGCGGAGAUCAGCUGCAGUUCCAGUUCCAAGUUGGAGACACGCCUCUCGGGGUGUCUGUGGAAACGAGCAACAGGCUGGCCGAUGAUCAGUGGCAUUCCGUCUCUAUAGAGAGGAACAGGAAGGAGGCCCGCGUGGUUGUGGACGGAGCCUUAAAGAACGAGAUAAGAACGGCCAAGGAGCCGGUCCGCGCGCUGCAGCUCGCUACCCCGCUAGUACUAGGGGCGAGUCUUGAUAGGAAGGACGGGUUCGUGGGCUGUAUGAGGGCGCUGUUACUGAACGGACGACCCGUAGAUCUGCGGGGACACGCAAGGAGAGGUCUGUACGGCGUGUCGGAAGGCUGCGUGGGCAAGUGUUCGUCGUCUCCUUGCCUCAAUAACGGCACAUGUCUGGAGCGAUACGACUCGUAUAGCUGCGACUGUCGCUGGACCGCCUUCAAAGGACCCAUCUGUGCUGACGAGAUCGGCGUGAACCUGCGUCCCAACUCGAUGGUGAAGUACGACUUCCUGGGCUCGUGGCGCUCCACCAUCAACGAGAAGAUCCGCGUGGGGUUCACCACCACCAACCCCAAGGGCUUCCUGCUCGGCUUCUACUCCAACAUCUCCGGGGAGUACCUCACGCUCAUGGUGUCCAACUCAGGUCACUUACGCGUGGUGUUCGACUUCGGUUUUGAGAGGCAGGAGAUCAUCUUCGAGGGGAAGCACUUCGGCUUGGGACAAUACCACGACGUGCGGCUCUCUAGAAAGGACAGCGGCGCUACUAUGGUGUUGCAGGUGGACAACUACGAGAGCCAGGAGUACCACUUCAACAUCCGCGAGUCGGCGGACGCUCAGUUCAACAACAUCCAGUACAUGUACGUGGGCCGCAACGACUCCAUGGCCGAGGGGUUCGUGGGCUGCGUGAGUCGCGUGGAGUUCGACGACAUCUACCCGCUCAAGCUGCUGUUCCAGCAGGACCCGCCGCCCAACGUGCGGAGCAUCGGCGGCCCGUUACACGAGGACUUCUGCGGCGUGGAGCCAGUAACUCACCCGCCAGUCAUACCCGAGACCCGUCCGCCGCCGCCCGCCGACCUCGCCGCUGACCUGGACUUCCACCGGACCGACGAGGCCAUACUAGCUACGGUGUUGGCGUUCGUGUUCCUACUGUUGAUAGCUGUGGCCGUGGUGUUAGUGAGGGCGCUGUCCCGACACAAGGGAGAGUAUCUCACACAGGAGGAGCGAGGCGCUGCGGGGGCCGCGGGACCUGACGACGCUGCGCUGGCCGCCGCCACAGGAGCCCGAGUUACUAAGAGGAGGGAGUUCUUUAUAUAG